AUGUCCAGUGGUCGACGCCCCGAACAUACGGCACCUCCAGAAGUGUUUUAUAAUGACGACGAGGCAAAGAAAUAUUCGCAAAAUUCUCGCAUGAUAGAGAUCCAAACGCAGAUGUCAGAGCGCGCUGUGGAGCUUUUGAACCUUCCAGAAGGACAGACUUGUUACCUGUUGGAUGUCGGAUGUGGCUCUGGGCUCAGCGGAGAUUACCUAUCAGAAGAAGGGCAUCAUUGGGUUGGGGUUGACAUCAGUACGUCAAUGCUUGAUGUUGCACUGGAUAGAGAAGUGGAGGGAGACCUUGUAGUGGGAGACAUGGGACAGGGAAUGCCUUUCAGAGCCGGCACCUUUGAUGGAUGCAUCAGUAUUUCUGCUCUUCAAUGGCUCUGCAACGCUGACAAGAGGACACACAGUCCCCCCAAGAGACUCUAUACCUUUUUCAGCACAUUGUACUCCUCUCUGUCAAGAGGGGCUCGUGCAGUUUUUCAGCUUUAUCCAGAGAACUCUGAGCAGCUUGAACUGAUCACAACACAAGCCAUGAAAGCAGGUUUCAGUGGGGGCAUGGUGGUUGAUUACCCCAACAGUACCAAAGCCAAAAAAUUCUUUUUAUGUUUGUUUGCUGGAGUGUCCGGAGUGCUGCCCAAGGGCUUGGGAGCAGAAACCUCAGCGAGCACAAUGUCUAAUCAAGUUCAGUAUUCAGGACAGAGAUGUCGCUUUAAGAAUAUGAAGGGCAAAUCUGUAAAAAAGGGUAAAGAUUGGAUCUUGGAGAAAAAAGAGAGGAGAAGAAGACAAGGACGGGGUGUUCGGGCCGAUACAAAAUACACUGGGCGCCAGAGAAGACCUCAUUUCUAG